GUGAGGGGGGGAGGAAAGUCGUGUCUCACAGACACUCCCCUCUUUAGCUAUUGACUUCCCCCUGCGUGAUUCUCCAAGACGAUGUAGACCAGAUCAUUGCAAAGAGAGACAGCUUUCUAGACAUGCCUGCACGAUACAUGGACAGUGUAUAGAGAGAAAAGAAGUGAGUGGAAUGAACGGUGGUAGGCUAUAUAUCUCAUUCUGGGGAAACCUCUGCGCAUAUCAUACAUUUUCAUAUGCUGGUGCCAAAGUUAAACAGGAUAGUCCUAUAUUCUAUCUGUAUUUGGACAAGAAACACGAACUGAUAAUGGACAAAAAACGAAUGGAUGACAUACAACUUCAAGCUCGAGAUGAGAGUGAAUAGGCUGACGGUUGCAUUCCCUUACCACAAAGACGUACUGUUUCAGAAGACUGAGAAGAGCUCCAGAAUACAGUAAAUUCAACUGAUGUAUUUUACCUAAAUUGUGAAAUUCACAGUUAUUAUUGGCACUGAAUACUAUAUUCCUGAAACUACAAUAUAUAUUCAUGGAUUAUGUGUAAAAUAUGGAAUCAGUCAGCAUUUUAAGACUCAACAGGUUGACCACUGAAAAUUAAGAUGGACCACCUUUUCCUAGCUAACAAAAUCUCUAUGCCAGAUGACCCCAUCAGCAGAAACUCAUCGAAAGUCCCCAAAAGCGCCAUGAAAACGCCAACAUCAACCUUUGAGAAUGUCCCCACAGAGAAAUCCAACAACAACAACAACAAGAAGGACCGUAGCGUCGUGGUGACGACUGUCCCGUUAAUCAACGAGAUGCAGCUGACAGCGGCCACAGGUGGGGCGGAGAUGUCGUGCUACCGGUGCACAGUGCCGUUCGGCGUGGUGGUCCUCAUUGCCGGUAUUGUGGUAACUGCUGUGGCGUACAUGUUCAACUCACACGGCUCCACCAUCUCGGUGCUGGGGCUGGUUCUGCUGUCGGCCGGGCUGGCUCUGCUGGGGUCCAGUGCCGUCUGUUGGAGGGUCCGGCUGGGGCGGAAGAAGGACCGGAGGAGGGAGAGUCAGACGGCCCUCAUGUCCAACCAUGGACUCUGUGUGGUCUGAGCCCUGAGGGAGAUAGGGACUGUUAAAUAGAAGUUUGAACAAUUUAAAGUUUGAAUGAAGAGGAAAUGAACAGAGACUACUAGAGAGUGAUGAGGGAUGUCAGAGGUGGUUGGGUAUGAAGGACUCACACAUUGUCCAAAACAGAUGCUUAGCUGAAGGACUAGAAUGGCCUAGAAAGACAAUCCGUACUGUUGGUAAGAUCCUAUCUGUAAGGACUAGGGUGGCCUACAAAGACUGGCAGGUAGCCUAGCAGUUAAAAGAGUGUUGAGACAGUAACCAAAAGGUUGCUGGUUUGAAUCCCUGAGCUGACUAGAUGAAAAAUCUGUUGCUGUACCCUUUAGCAAAACAAGUACAACCCUAAUUACUCUGGAUAAGAGUGUCUGCUAAAUUACAAAAAAAAUGUAAAGUAUGGUGAUUUGUUCUCCCUUGUCAUUUGGGAAGACCAGGACUGAUCAUGAAGAUGGAAUAACCAACUUAUUGGAGAGGAAGGAUGGAGUAGGGUGAAUUUUCCCCUAGAUUCUAAUCUUCAGCCUUUUUGACAUUUUCCUUACUAAUGGUUAAGGUUAGGAUUGGGGUAGAAAGCUGAUCCUAGAUCUGUACUUAGUGGAAACUUCACCCCAGAGCAGAAAGGAUAGUUGCACGGUGGACCAUGAUUCUCCAUUCUACUAUACUCAUGCAUGUCAUGUGAUGCAUCUGUGACUCUAUGGCUGCUCAAUUGAUGUUUCAAGUGAACAUUUCAUAGGUACUUAAUGUUAUGUUUUAGAUAUGUAGACAGUAUGUAGACAGACUUUACAGGGUCAAAUCACCCUUUAUUACAGCGUAAAGUGAACCUAGGAAGUGAUUGCCUAAAUUAAGACAAUGUAUCUCUCAAGUUUGAUAUGCAUGAUUUUUUAUGCUUCCAAUGUACUUUUGUAACUGCCUAUUAUGCACAAUAUUGAUUAAUUUGAUACAGUUUGUGCCAAAUGUACAGUUUUUCAUUGUUGGUAUAGUACAAGACCAUAGCUGUGGCAACGUAAGUUGUGGUUUCAUAUGUACCAUUGUACUCUGGUAAAGUUGUAUUUUCAUGAUAUUUAUGACAUAUCUGUUGAUAUAUAUUUGGAAUAUUUGUGCCACUAAACUUAAGAUGUUAAAUCCAUGUGCCAAUAAAUCUGUCAAUCAACCAAUCAAAUGACAUUUUAUU